CCAAAAACAAGAGCAAACAUUGAAGGAUGGUCGACAAAGCUAAGCAGUCAGUAUCCUCUUUUUCAUGAUUUACAUAUAUCAUAUUCAGAAUAUUUUAGUUUACAAAGUGCUUUUCUUAAUAAUAAAUUAGAAUUUUUUGAUUAUAUUUCAUAUACUAUCAUUGAAAAUGAUAGAAAAUCAACUCGACUUAAAUUUCAUGUUGGUGAAAUAAUUGAAAUUGAAGAAGAAAGUGAAGGCCUUACAUAUGCAAAAAUACAAGCGAUUUUACAACAUUAA